CAUGAUCGACAUCUCAGCAUUUAAUGGUAGAGAAAAAGUAGAUGAGGGAUUUAUUCUCAGAGCAAAUGAUGAAGUUUCCGACUACAUUCGAGACUUUAUCAAAACUGGACAUGACAGGACUUCCCUUGAAUUAAUACAUGUUGAAGAUAGGAAAUAUGGCCUUGUUCUUGGAAAUAUUGAUGGUCUAGAACCAAAUGGAUACAUUUAUUACUGUACUCUUUGAGAUCUGCCGACUAUAUCAGAAGCCCAGAAUACUCUAGAUAUGAAAACUUUUAACAAGAGUGCAGAUAUUUCCCAAGUAAUCUAUGUUCAUCCUAAUAAAGUCUCUAUUGAAGAGAUUGAAGACAUUGCUAGCUUUAUAAAAUAAUGAAAUGCCAGAGUUUGACCCAUUCUAUGAAGACCCUGAUUUUCUAGAACAGCUCUAUGACAGAACUUCAUAUAAAAAGAAGAUACAGGUUGAUAAGAAUGAUGAAAAUUCUAACAAAAUUUUACUCUUUGGAAACGCGAUGGAUGAACCAAAUAAUGAAUUCCUACUACGGGAUGGCUUAACGCCAGCUACAAAGAACAUCGUAAAUGUUAGAUACAAGAAAGACGUCAAAGAGAACAAAGAAGACAUUGCAAAAGUUGAGGAAUAUCUCAAAGACAACAUCGACCUCGGCUUCUCCGAGAAUGCAGUCGAAGAGUUGCUGACAUUUGAUAAGGAAGGAAAUCUUGUGAAGAAAGAAACCAUUCCUGACUUUGACCCUGGCCAAAGUGAAAUGUACUCCAGCAACUAUGAAGACCAAGAUUUUAGUGUAAAAAUGAAGAUUUAA